GCAAAUGCAAUUGCAUCCCAUGUAAGGUCUGCAUUUGAAAACCAGUCUACAGGGGCAUUGUUUAAUUUGGCUGACAACCUAGUAUCAGCUAGUAGAGGACGUGGACAAGGGAGGGGAUGAGGUAGUAGUCGCGGUCGCAUUCGCGGCCGUGGCAGCGGUUCAACCACAACUAACAGCUAUAGUUUUGGAGUCAUCCUUCUGAACCCGGAACAAACCUCCAUUCCACGUGGAUCAAAUAGAUCAGAACUAGAAAGAAGUGGGAGGAUGAAAACGUUUGAGAUAUCAAGAGGAGCACCAGCUUCUACCACAUUCAGGAAACUAACUGAAUUAUUUCCAGAUUUAAAUAGGUGA